CUUCUUCGAUUGUUGUUUUUAUUGCCAGCUUUCACCAUGGAUUACAACAUGAUUAACAUCUUUUUCUUUGUUUACAAUACACUACCACCAGAAAGGCACAUGAUUAACAUCUUUUUCUUUGUUUACAACACAUCCUUUAGGUACAGUUCGCUAAGCAGAAGCAAAUAAGUUGUUUUGUUUCACUAAUUGUCAGGUUCUUGCCCAUGAUUUUGACAAAUGUCUGGGUUAGUAAGAUGUUCCCCGUGCCUGCAGUACAUUUACCAUGAUUCAUGUCAUGUGAUGAUGGUUAUCUAACACAAGUUUAACACUUGGCUGGAACAUUUGAUUGUUUCAAGUCAACGACGUGUUCAUGUUUUAGGUGUGACGCCCGCUAAUAACCACAGAGAUAUCAUUAGCCAGUUCAGAUUUAAUGCGUGAGGCCCGCUGCUGUGCAUCAACUUUCCGCCGCGCAUCCUGGUUCUCUUUUCAGAGUCAUUUGUCGUAUGGGAAUUUACUAUGCCGUCACCUCACCCACAGUUGUCUCCAUCUACCGCUGCCCUCGGCAUUCAUCUCUCGAGCCCCCCUUGUUCUUCCCCGGCAUUUGUUCUGAAGGAGCAAGCCGGAGCACCGACUCCCUCGUCCCCGGGCGUCCAGGCGACGCCGAGGUUGAUUCUUGGCCGGCGGCGUGCGGCGUACGGAAGAAGAGUUCUCCGCAAAGAAGUUUUUUGCUGUGAGGCAGUUAGAGAAGUGAAGAUGACAGAUUUGUUUAGCGGGAUACAAGCUGCUAUGGUGAUUAAUCGUGUAGAAAACAGUGACCAAUCCCCCGAAGAUUGGGUUAGUGACGAGGAUGGUUCAGGUGGUUCCACUGGAUUACCAGGGACACCAUGUUUUACCUCCAGGCUUUCAUUGCUCAAAGUUGGUUCGGUUGUUGCCAAGUUCAGUGAUUUCAAGCGGCAGCUAGUUAUGGAGACUGGUUUUGGGGGGUUUCUAGAGGUGAAGGCAUGGCAGAAGAUUAAUCUGAAGUAUAGUGCUUUUUUAAUGGACCGAGUGGAUGUAGAAUCCAGCACAAUCAACAUUGAGGAACAGGGCGUGCUUGAACUGUCCGAACAGAAGCUUAAUUAUGUUUUUGGCAUCCCCUCCGGUGAAUUCGAUAUAAACGGCGAAGGCGUCGAGCCAUCAGAAGCCUGCAUCAAGUACACACGAAUGGCGGCAUCAUUCAGCGACAAAGGCACGCAUAGCCUAAAAGCAGCUGAAAAUGUUUUGCUUGGAGCGAUAACAGAAUCGUCAUCCCAAAUACAGCAGGACUGUUUCAAGAUUGCAUUUGUUAUUUUUAUAAUCGGUCAUGUGCUGGCUCCCACCUCGAAACAUGAUUAUAUAUCCAUAGACUUCUGGGCUGCACUGAGUGACAUUAGCAAGAUCAAGAGUUGGAACUGGGGACGGUAUGUACCGAAACACCUGUUUCAAGCCGUCAGAAACUUCAAGACAGAUGUUUCAAAGAGAAACCCAACCAUCCACAUAGUUGGUUGUCACUUGUUUCUGCAGGUUUUUGUUCUCCAUUGUCUCGACCUUGGUAUACUAAACAAGCCACGAGAAAUAACCCCCCGCAUAGGUUUGUAUGAUUAUGAUUCAAUGAGGAAGAUGGUUGAGAAAAUUGCAGUGAACAUAUCUCCUGGGGAGAUUUCAUACCACGGGGGAGCGGUAAUUAUCGUCUUCUUAAUUAUUGAAGUUUGCGUUUUGUGA